AUGGAGUACGGUACGGAAUCCGUUAUUGAGCUUGAGUACAAGGGUCGCUUCGCGAUCCUCACGAUCGACAAGCCCAAGAAGCUGAAUGCGCUCUCUCGAGCACAAUACUAUGAGCUUGCACAGAAACUACGCCAGAUUGCGGGCCGCAGUGACGUUUUUGUCACUGUUCUUCUGGCCAAAGGCCGAUUUUUCUCCGCAGGGGCAGACGUCGGGAUGCCCCGUGCAGCACCGGCGAAGGAUAACAAAAAUCUGCACAGAGAAUAUCUCCAAACAUUUGUCGCUUUCAACUUGAACAUCGCCCAUGCUUUCUACACACAUCCCAAAAUUCUAGUCGUCGGUCUGAAUGGUCCCGUGGUGGGAAUGUCUGCUGCUCUCGUGGCUCACGCCGACUUCAUCUAUUGCACGCCUCACACAUACCUGCUUACGCCGUUUUCCUCCAUCGGACUUGUGACCGAGGGCAGUGCCUCACGUGCAUUUGUUCAGCGCCUUGGAAUUUCCAAGGCUAACGAGGCCUUGAUUAUGAGCAAGAGAAUCUCCGCCAAGGACUUACAGCAGUGCGGGUUCGUUAAUGGUAUCAUUGAUACAGGCAAAGAACAAGAUGAAUUGUUCAGGGAAAAGGUUUUGAAGGAAGUGGUCGAGGGACUAGGGGACCAUUUGAUUGGGGACAGCCUUGUAGAAAUCAAGAGACUUAUCCGAAAGCCUGAAAUGAGUAUCUUACAGCAGCAGAAUGUGGAGGAGGUUUUCGCGGGGCUGGAGCGGUUCAUGACCGGGGUGCCACAAGAGCAGUUCAACAAACUUGCUCGCGGUGAAAAGAGACAUAAGCUAUAA